UGAUGUGAUUAGAUUUUUAGAUAUAGAGCACAAACUAAAUGUGUGUGUGUGUGUGUGUGUGUGUGUGUGUGUGUGUGUGUGUGUGUGUGUGUUCCAGAGCAAAGGGGAUGCGGGUGAAGUUGUGUCACCUGGCUGACAAACAGGAGUGGACACAUCACAAACACAGGGUCCAGGAGGACAGGACUCUUCAGGAUCUGGAGUCUCUACUCAACAGCAAGAUUGGCCAGAAAGCUUUCCUCUGGUUCCUGCAGUCUGAGUUCAGUGAGGAGAACCUGCAGUUCUGGUUGGCCUGUGAGGAGUACAGGGUUACCCCCCCAUGGCAGCAGGGGGCCAAGGCCCAGUCUAUGUACUGCCAGUACAUCAACCCUGGUUCACCACAGGAGGUGAACCUGGAUGCUGAGACCAGGGAGGCUCUACUGAGAGUGAUGGAGGAGCCUGCAGGCGACACAUUCCACGAGGCCCAACAACACGUCUACCACCUGAUGGCCAAAGACUCUUAUCCUCGCUUCCUGCGUUCCCCACACUGCCUGGAGGCCCUUAGGGUUCCUUAGAUAUUCCACAGCGCCACCUGCUGCCCCGGAGGACCACACACAACAACAUAAUAACAAGCUGUGUUUUAUAACAACAUUAUAAUUUAUAUUUAUUCUCAAGUCUUAGUAUUUACUCAUAUGUGAGUUGUAAGAUGUUUGUGUUUAUCAUAAAUAUGGUAUAACUAUGGUAUAUGUCCAUGUAGUUCUUAAUCAGUUAUUGGUCCAUAUUUAGCAGAUGUUAUUGGUCCAUACACAUAUUUAACAGAUGUUAUUGGUCCAUAUUUAACAGAUGUUAUUGGUCCAUAUUUAACAGAUGUUAUUGGUCCAUAUUUAACAGAUGUUAUUGGUCCAUAUUUAACAGAUGUUAUUGGUCCAUAUUUAACAGAUGUUAUUGGUCCAUAUUUAACAGAUGUUAUUGGUCCAUAUUUAACAGAUGUUAUUGGUCCAUAUUUAACAGAUGUUAUUGGUCCAUAUUUAACAGAUGUUAUUGGUCCAUAUUUAACAGAUGUUAUUGGUCCAUAUUUAACAGAUGUUAUUGGUCCAUACACAUAUUUAACAGAUGUUAUUGGUCCAUAUUUAACAUAUGUUAUUGGUCCAUAUUUAACAGAUGUUAUUGGUCCAUAUUUAGCAGAUGUUAUUGGUCCAUAUUUAACAGAUGUUAUUGGUCCAUAUUUAACAGAUGUUAUUGGUCCAUAUUUAACAGAUGUUAUUGGUCCAUAUUUAACAGAUGUUAUUGGUCCAUAUUUAACAGAUGUUAUUGGUCCAUACACAUAUUUAACAGAUGUUAUUGGUCCAUAUUUAUCAGAUGUUAUUGGUCACAUACACAUAUUUAACAUAUGUUAUUGGUCACAUACACAUAUUUAACAGAUGUUAUUGGUCCAUAUUUAGCAGAUGUUAUUGGUCCAUAUUUAUCAGAUGUUAUUGGUCACAUACACAUAUUUAGCAGAUGUUAUUGGUCACAUACACAUAUUUAACAGAUGUUAUUGGUCCAUAUUUAGCAGAUGUUAUUGGUCCAUACACAUAUUUAACAGAUGUUAUUGGUCCAUAUUUAACAGAUGUUAUUGGUCCAUAUUUAACAGAUGUUAUUGGUCCAUAUUUAGCAGAUGUUAUUGGUCCAUAUUUAGCAGAUGUUAUUGGUCACAUACACAUAUUUAACAGAUGUUAUUGGUCCAUAUUUAGCAGAUGUUAUUGGUCACAUACACAUAUUUAACAGAUGUUAUUGGUCCAUACACAUAUUUAACAGAUGUUAUUGGUCCAUAUUUAACAGAUGUUAUUGGUCCAUACACAUAUUUAACAGAUGUUAUUGGUCCAUACACAUAUUUAGCAGAUGUUAUUGGUCCAUACACAUAUUUAACAGAUGUUAUUGGUCCAUACACAUAUUUAACAGAUGUUAUUGGUCCAUACACAUAUUUAGCAGAUGUUAUUGGUCACAUACACAUAUUUAACAGAUGUUAUUGGUCCAUAUUUAACAGAUGUUAUUGGUCCAUAUUUAACAGAUGUUAUUGGUCCAUACACAUAUUUAGUAGAUGUUAUUGGUCACAUACACAUAUUUAACAGAUGUUAUUGGUCCAUACACAUAUUUAACAGAUGUUAUUGGUCCAUACACAUAUUUAACAGAUGUUAUUGGUCCAUAUUUAUCAGAUGUUAUUGGUCCAUAUUUGGGGCGGCAGCGUAGCCUAGUGGUUAGAGCGUUGGACUAGUAACCGGAAGGUUGCGAGUUCAAACCCCCGACCUGACAAGGUACAAAUCUGUCGUUUUGCCCCUGAACAGGCAGUUAACCCACUGUUCCCAGGCCGUCAUUGAAAAUAAGAAUAUGUUCUUAACUGACUUGCCUGGUUAAAUAAAGGUAAAAAAAAAAAAUAAUAAUAAUAUUUAGCAGAUGUUAUUGGUCACAUACACAUAUUUAGCAGAUGUUAUUGGUCCAUAUUUAACAGAUGUUAUUGGUCCAUAUUUAGCAGAUGUUAUUGGUCACAUACACAUAUUUAGCAGAUGUUAUUGGUCCAUAUUUAACAGAUGUUAUUGGUCCAUAUUUAGCAGAUGUUAUUGGUCACAUACACAUAUUUAUCAGAUGGUCCAUAUUUAACAGAUGUUAUUGGUCCAUAUUUAGCAGAUGUUAUUGGUCACAUACACAUAUUUAUCAGAUGGUCCAUAUUUAACAGAUGUUAUUGGUCACAUACACAUAUUUAUCAGACGGUCCAUAUUUAAAAUAUGUUAUUGGU